AUGCAAACUCUCACCAGACUGGCACUCACAGCCCUACUUCUGGUCUCAUCAGCAACAUGCAUCUCAAGCUCAAAACCACCAGGCAAAGACGCCAUCCUACUAUCAAAUGUUCAAACCUUAACACUACGCGCCCACCGCAUGACAAGCGCUCGACGCGUCUCACCAAUCCCCCAACUCAGCUGUGCAGGCCCAUCAAAACAAAUAUGCAACCUCUACCAACCAGAAGUAAUGCGCUGCACAAACCAAGGUUACGACUACGACAUCGAAGACGUGCAGUGGACAUGCACCGCAGACCUACCGGUAGAAUUCAAACUCGGCGCAACAGAUGUCAUCUGCGAGGGAUACCGGAAUGCCGAUGAUAAAUGGGUGGUGAAGGGGAGUUGUGGGGUUGAGUACCGACUUCUCUUGACCGAGGCUGGGGAGAAAAGGUUUGGGAAGAAAGGCGGUGAUUCGGAGUGGGAUUGGAAUGGGAACCGGUCCGGGGGUGGUGUUCAGAAGUUCAUGGCUGUGCUCGGGGAUUUGAUAUUCUUCGGGUUCAUUGUUGCUGUUUUCAUUCUGAUCUUGUGGCCUUUGUUGUCGCAAUGUUUCGGGUGGGGGAAUCGGCGAGGUAGGGGUGCGGGGCCGGCGCCUGGGUGGGGCGGAGGUGGUGGUGGAGGUGGAGGGGGUGGAAAUGAUCCGCCGCCUCCGUACAGCAGUUUUGAUCCUUACAAAUCUGCUGGUCGUCAGCAGGGAUGGACGCCUGGUUUCUGGACUGGUGCGCUAGGUGGUGGUGCGGCUGGUUAUCAGAUGGGGAGAUGGGCUGGUAGUGGAUCACGCGGCGGAAUGCCAAUGGGCAGGUCUGGUGGAUAUGAUCCAGGUGAAGGUAGCUCUCGCUCGCCGCCGCAGUUCUCGUCUACGACUGCUAGUACUGGAUUCGGGUCGACCAGGCGUAGGUGA